AUGCGUGGCUGGGCCCUCGCAGCGGUCGCCGUGUUCUUGGUGGCCCUCUCCCCUGCAGCUCUCUCCUCUGCGGCUGCUAACAGCAACGGUGACAACAGCUACAGCAGCGUCAGCAACAGCGACUACAGCAGCACCGGCAGCUUCAACAGUACUGGGAGCCCCCUCUCUACCGAGGCCCUAACCCAACCGAUUCCGCUGCAGCAGCCACUGCACACCAGCAGUGGCAUAGAAGGAGGAGCAGAAGGCGCCAUGGCUGUUGCACCUCAUAUGGGAGUUGCAUACGGGGAAGGGGGCCAGGAGAUGGUCCCCCCUGUAGGGUCCGAGGUGCUGCAGCAGCAGACCGAAGCAGCACCAGCAGCACCAGCAGCAGAUGGCGACGAGCCAGUAAUUAUGCGUCUCUUUAGAACGGUGACGGAUCUGUUCAUGUCCGUCAGACCAAGACUUGACUGA